AUGCUGCUGUACCUCUUGCGUAAGGGGUUCAUGGAGAUUAACCCUGGCAUUAAGAAGGUCGGGGGUAAGGUGGUCGCCCUCAGCUCGCAGACAGCGGAGCAGGUGGGCCGGGGGGCGCAUGACAUGCGCCUCCCCUUCCAGGCGUUCGGAGACCCCAGCAACGGCCUCGUGGACGAGAUGAACAUACGGUUCAAGAUGGGCUGCACCGUGAACCAGAACGACGUGGUGAAAGACACCUACCCUCACGGGAUGGCGCAACCGUGCGUGUUGGCCGUGUCUACCGACGACGCUCAGGACGAGGGAUCGGUUUUGUUCAGAUGGAACCAGUGGCAGACGAUCGCGUCCAUGAGACACGUUGAUGCCUUGGCGCACAUCACCAGGGCGCUUGCCAUCAAGAAGAACGAACCAGAAGGUGGCCCUUCCUCCGGCACACCGACGGCGACCUCGCACGUCGGCCUCGACGGCUUCGCCACCCCGCCCUCCUCCGCCGCUGCCGCACCGCCGCCGGCUCGACUCCCUCCCCGCCAGCCCACGCUCCUCCGACAACCGCCGCGCCCGGGCUCGCCGUCAUCAUCGUUUGAAAGAACCGGCGGGUACGCGCCGUUUGGGGGCGACGACGUAGGCCUGUGGGUCCCGGGUAACCGACGGGAAUCGCGCGAACGUCCCACCACCGCCGCCGGUACCCGCGGUGGCGGGCGGGGGGCGAUAGCGGCAACGGCGAGGGCGGCUGCGGACGGGGCGCUCGCGGUCGAGUGGAUGAAAACGGGCCGAGACCCGGCUUCGACGUCGAAGCCGCGGGCGGCGGGGAGCAGCGGCGGCCACGGCGGUAGAGCAGCGGAGGAGGAGGAGGAGGAGGAGGAGGAGGAGGUGCACGUCAAGGAAAGAAGCAGCGGCGGCGGAGGAGGGAGGAGGGCGCCGCCCCGAGCGCGAGCGGCGACACCGCCGCUUGGCGGCGGCGGCGGCGGUGGCGGUGGCGGUGGCGGCUGCAGAGCGGUUUUGAGGACGCCCCGCGGGGGCGCCAGAGGCAGGAACAGCCACCCAGAGGAAGGAGGGGGUGCGUUUUUUUCCGGACGGGAAGCAUACGCGGACCAUGCCGGCGGCAGCGGCACCGGCGGGGGGCACCUCCGCAGACCGCCCACCGGCCCGUCUCGCUCCCACCUCCUGCCGACGUACUCUCAAGCGGCGGCGGCGCCCGCGACCCCCAUGAGGCAGCAGCUACCCCCGCAGCACCGACGUCCGAGGUCCGACACGCACGCGCAGAGAGGCGCGGGGACGGGGGCCAGGGGGGAGCGACCCGGGCACCACAAGGCGGAGGGCACCCCGCGCGGCGUUGGGGCGUGGCAGUUCUGGUUGGGGGCGACCGGCAGGGCCAGACGGGCGAGCUUCGACGAGGCUGCGGCAGACUUCGAGAGAGGGGGCACCGUUGGCGAAAAGGGGGUGGGGGGCGAAGAGCAACGACGCACAGGGAGCCUCAAGUUCUUCUCCUCGGCGGGCGGCGGGGACGGCGCCACGGUGGCGCCACGGGGGGCGAAGGGGAGCAGACCUGUAGUGCCGCCGUCGCCGGCGCGACCGUGGGGUUACCUGCGGAAGGCGCGAGCUCCGGCAACACCGAAGAGGGGUGGCGGCGGCGGCGGCGGCGGCGGCGGCCGCGGCGGCCGUGGCGACGCUCCCUCCUCACCGGGGGUCCUGAACUAUAGCAGUGACGUGUAAGAGUUGUAGUCCCGUUGGUGCAGGGGAGGGCUUCGGCUGUGGCAUAGCAUACCACCUUUCCCCAGUCAGCAGCAACAAGGACACUUCGAACGAUUUUGUGGUGCGUGUGACAACAGCGAGCGGCAGCUGUUUUGGCUUUGAUUUUGGUGUUGAGUGUUCCGUUCCAUUUUUUUAUUUUGUUCCACGAAAAAUGAUCGUUUUUUCAGCCUGGAUGGCGUGAACGACAUUUUCAUUUUGGUGUUCCUGGCCGAGACAAAUAAUCAUGGACAUGGUUUCUCCCAGCGCGAUCUCCUGUGCUUGGUACAUCCGAACGCGAGCUUCUUACUUUCACUUCGGUUUUCGAUUUGGCUUGUCUGCAGUUUUUUUUUUACUGGAAGGAAUGUGGGAAACGGAGGAUCUCAUUUAAGAUCUUUACGGCUAUGGUGGCGUCUCGGUUUUGUGAGCCUCUUGUUGUUUGUUUGUACCACCGGCAGCAGCCCAAUCCGCACGUUAGGCUCCCUGCUGGAGCCUUCUGUUUUGAGGGGUUAUCGUGGGUUUCGCACAAUGAUGGUUAAGUGUAUUAAAUUGUUUUUUUGUUUUUUUUUUGUUGGCGGUUACAACAUUCCUGUCCGUUUUUUGCCUUUCCGUCGGUUUAAUGGGUUAUCGUGGGUGGCGAAGUGCUUCAACACGCGCGGCGUGACGCAACAAGAGUGUAGUGCUUGGUUUGUGCGCCGUAUGUCUUUGGAGCUGCACCUGUUCACCCACUUUUAAGCCAUCUCCGGAUGCACGGAACAUGGUGUUCUCGGAAAGGGGGUGGGAGUCCGAUACCACAGCGCGAACAAAAACCGUGGCUGGCGUGCUGUAGUGGUAGAGUUUUUUUUUUUUUUUUGUGUGUUUAUGUGCAGCAGUUUUUAUCCCUAGGAAGGCGGUCGGAAUGCGGCAACAUGUACAGUUUCGGAUGCGCAUUACGACCGUUUUGCAAGGGGAAGUCAGACAAGAGACAAGACUGUCGCAAGAGGGGAGAGGGCGGUGUGCGUGUGGUUGGGGAGAAAUGGGCGGGACACCCCCCUCCGUAGAGUAGCGAUUCGUCUACUGGGUACAACAAACCACCCUCGGGGCGAGAUUUUCAGUUCACAAAGCGGGCGAAGAGUUGAGUGCCUAGCCGGGGCAACCAUCAUUAGCUGUUCUGUUUCCCCCCUCUGCUUUGUCGUUAGCAGCUGCUGCUGGCGGUGUGUGUGUUUGUCUGUUGUCUUUUCUUCUUUUCUCUGCGCCCUACGCGGAUGGAGCGAUGGUCGGCGUGGCAGCCCCUGAAGGGAAGGGGCGCUAUUGCGGUGAUUCGUGUGCUUGUAGAGAUUCUAUAUAGCUGACUUUAUGAUAGUGGAGCUACCCCUUCUCCCCGUGUAAUUGAUGUUGACAUCUGGAAGCGGUCGGCACUGACGCAAUUCUGCGUCGAUUAUGUUGUGCGGCGGGAGUCCAAGAAGGGCGAGACGUGUGCUCAAAAGGAGAUGGACGGCGACGAGCGGGUUGCAACAAACUGCGGUGUUGCUGUGUUGAUUUGUGUGUCUACCGGUUGCUCGUAGUCGACACGGAGCGAUUUGGCAGAGUAGGGAAGGUAGCUUGGAAUAUUUUCCCCGUGGAUAUACACAUUGUCAUGUGCCCGACCAUCAUCGCGCAGAGACAGAGUUAAAGGUUAUGUGUACUUUAUUUUAGUUUGUGCUUGCUUCCACUGCUGUGAUGCAAACACCUGAUUUUGAUGGUUACUCUCCACCGCUGGUCGGCGCGUAGAAGCACAAGAUGCGUGAGCGAAUUAAAAUAAAGU